GUAAGUCCUUACUCAGUCGAGAAAUGAAGUCGAUAGUGUUGGUCGGAGUUUUGUUUACAUUAGCUACGGUUUACGUUUACGCCGACCAAUCUUCUAGAAAUGGUACUCGUCAUAAUCUUAAAGCAAUGUGGCAAGGCUUUGAAUUGAAAAAUUGCAACCCCACAAUGUGCUGCCCUUACAUGUUCAGCUGCUGCGAAACUGUCUUCUGUUGUAAAGGUCCAGGAUUGCCAAUAAUGCAUCAAGUUCCAUGUAAAAAUCCGAUGGGUCUCAUGUAACCAUCCAGUUGAAGACGUGUUUUCCACUUGAUUUUAAAAUAAUAAAUGAUUAGAUAAUGGCUUCAUAAUAUUUUUCCUAUUUAAUCGAGUUUUGUAAAUUGAUUAUAACAAAAGUAUUGCUAUAUU